AUGAUGCAAACUAAUGAGUUAUCCUAACUAAAUGAAUGAUAAAUAUAUGUUAAGGAGAGACAAAAUAUAGACAUAUCAGGAAUCCACAUGCAAUUUGCAGUUCUCGCGAUAGUUUUAGCCGCUGCAAUAAUGGUGGAAGAAGCUACAAGCCUUUUUAUUUGCAACCUUCACACAAACAAUUUGGCGAAAUGCCGUCCAGCCGCCACUGGAAACAACCCUCCACCUCCGGGACGGAACUGCUGCGCGGUGAUCAAAGCCGCUAAUCUACAAUGCCUCUGCCCGUCCAAGCCUUUUGUCUCUAGAUACGGGUUUGAUCCAUCUAAGGCCAGGCCUCUUCUAGACAAGUGUGGUAUAAACACUCCUCCCUCCUGUUUCUAAGGUGAGAAAUCAAAGUAACCGUAAGAUUUUGCUGUUCUUUCGGUAAAGACAGAGAUGUCUUCGUUUGUUUUG